AACGCACGGUCGGGCCGAAACGCGGAGACCCUAACGGGCUGGACCGGAGCCGUCCACGCCGCCACGAGCCCACGAGGGUAGAGCCUCGCACCAGCCAGCCCUAGAGCCCGCAACGGCUAUUUUCUCCUACCCUGCCCUCCGGCGGCGGCUCGGCGUACUAGCCGUUGGCCGUGGCCGUGUGGUGCGGCGGGCGUUCCCCUCUUCCCUCCUCCUCUUCCUCCUACAAAUAAUCUUUCGUGGCCGAUCCCUAAACCCCACAAAGCAAAGCAUCAAUUCUCUCUCCUUCGCGCAUUCUCCUCGCCUCCCCACGACGAUCUCAAGCCGCUCGCCGGGGAGUCGAGACACGCGCACUUCUCGCCUCGUUCAUAAGCUCGUCUCUUUGUUCUUUCCGCUGUUAAUCUUCUUGUUUGAUUAUUUUCUGUGCUUGAUUCUAACCUGCUAUUAUUUUAGUUCGCGUUUAAUUCCAUCGCUACUGCUGUUGUUAUUUCUCUGUUGUGCUUGCCCUGUUCUUUUGUUUGCUCUCUAACCAUGGACGCAGGAUCCCACUCGAUCUCCUCGGAGAAGAGCCGCGCCGCCGCCGCGCCCCGGCCGCCGCUGCAGGAGGCGGUCUCCCGCCCCUACAUGCCAUCGCUGGGCUCGGGAUGCCGUAACCCGUCGGCCAAGUGCUACGGCGACAGAUUCAUCCCGGACAGAUCGGCGAUGGACAUGGACAUGGCACACUUCCUGCUCACUGAGCCCAGGAAGGACAAGGAGAACGCGGCGGCGUCCCCGUCCAAGGAGGCGUACCGGAGGCUGCUCGCGGAGAAGCUGCUCAACAACCGGACACGGAUCCUCGCCUUCAGGAACAAGCCGCCGGAGCCCGAGAACGUAUCUUUCGCCGAUGCGGCUUCCUCCAACCUGCAGGCCAAGCCUGCUAAGCAGCGGCGCCACAUUCCCCAGUCUGCCGAGAGGACCCUAGACGCCCCAGAGCUUGUUGAUGACUACUACCUCAACCUGCUUGACUGGGGGAGCAACAAUGUGCUGUCCAUUGCUCUGGGAGACACACUGUACCUGUGGGAUGCGUCGAGUGGAUCCACAUCCGAGCUUGUGACCAUCGAUGAGGACAGCGGUCCUAUUACCAGUGUUAGCUGGGCUCCUGAUGGUCGGCACAUCGCCGUGGGGCUCAACUCGUCCGACGUCCAGCUUUGGGACACCAGCUCCAACCGACUGUUGAGAACACUCAGAGGUGUGCAUGAGGCAAGGGUAGGUUCACUGGCAUGGAACAACAGCAUCCUAACCACCGGUGGCAUGGAUGGCAAGAUUGUGAACAAUGACGUGAGGAUUAGAGACCACGUUGUGCAGACUUACGAGGGGCACAGCCAGGAGGUGUGCGGGCUCAAGUGGUCUGGAUCAGGGCAGCAGCUGGCCAGCGGAGGCAACGACAACCUUCUGCACAUUUGGGAUGUGUCGAUGGCAUCAUCCAUGCCAUCUGCUGGCCGCAACCAGUGGCUACAUAGGCUCGAGGACCACACGGCCGCCGUGAAGGCACUCGCGUGGUGCCCGUUCCAGAGCAACUUGCUUGCCACUGGCGGUGGUGGCAGCGAUCGUUGCAUCAAGUUCUGGAACACACACACUGGUGCGUGCCUGAACUCAGUUGACACCGGAUCACAGGUGUGCGCUCUUCUCUGGAACAAGAAUGAGAGGGAGCUGCUGAGUUCACAUGGAUUCACACAGAACCAACUGACUUUGUGGAAGUACCCAUCGAUGGUGAAGAUGGCUGAACUUACUGGCCAUACCUCUCGUGUCCUUUUCAUGGCUCAGAGUCCUGAUGGAUGCACAGUAGCGUCAGCUGCUGCAGAUGAGACCCUCCGGUUCUGGAACGUUUUUGGAGCCCCUGAAGCGCCCAAGCCUGCUGCCAAAGCUUCCCACACUGGGAUGUUCAACAGCUUCAACCAUAUCCGAUAGGAUGAGUCAUGAGGAUAGUCUCUUUCUAAAGCAGAUGAUAUCUGCCUACCAUCGCUAAGCAGGUGGCAUGAGGGAGCACUGCAAUCCUAAUGCAUCAUUUUUUGCUUUCAGGAGGGUCAGAAAUCAAUGACAGUUCGCUUCGUAGACGUCGUCUUCAUCAAGUAGAUAUCUGCAAUGAUACUGGAACCAGAACCUCGAAAUGCAGAGUCUUAGAGAUUGAAUUGCAGAGUCGGUGACUUCAGGAAUCAGAAGAAAAAGAUGUAUACCCCUAGCCUCAGAGGUUGAUAGCAAAUUUGUUACUUGUCCUGUGUUGUGUAUGCUGAUCAUUAACAGUAACACUCUGUACAAAGUAUAAUGUUUUCCUCCUCUUUAUUGAACAUCAAUAGCGCCUAUUUGAUGUGCCAAUUAUUGUUAAUCAAGACAGCGAUUCUUUUUUGCAAUUUUUAAUGGAAUAUUUGUCGGUUGUAAAUCAAGACAACCAUUAUUUUUGCAAA